AUGAGGUUUUUGGGGUUUCAAAUGAUUUAUCGUGCAAUUGUUAAAACAACUUUUAAACCAAAUAUUUAUUCAUUUAAAUCAAAAUUAGCCUUCUUAACUUUGCAUGAAGAUUCUGAAAUUUUUGAAGUUAUUAUUCCAAUUUCAAAUCCUUAUGAAUUUAAUUGGAAACCAGGUCAACAUAUAUUUAUUAGAUUUGUUUUAGGAAUUUCCACUUUAGAUAAUCAUCCUUUCUCAAUAAUGUCAAUUCCAUCAUCAUUUAAAAAUUCAGAAAUUAAAUUAAUUGUUAAACCACAUAAAGGUUUAACUGGAAAAAUUUAUAAUUUACUCAAUACUAAAGGUAAUCAAACUUUGAAAACAUAUAUUGAUGGUCCAUAUGGUGGAAUGAAUAGAGAUGUAUUAUCAUUUGAUCAAGUAUCAUUAUUAGCAACAGGAUCAGGAAUCACAGUUACUUGGUCAUUUUUAGAGUAUAUUGUUAAAAAUUUAGAUAUUGGAUCUAAUCCUAUAACAGAAGUGAAAUUUGUUUGGAUUAUAAGAUCAAUUGACUGUCUUGAUUGGAUUUCUAAAGAAUUGGUUAUUAGUUUAAAUAAAAUUAUUGAAAAGCAAGGUAAUCUAGAUGGGUUUUCAUUUGAUAUUUAUGUUUCAAAUUCAAAUGUGAUAACUCCAAAACAAUCUGAUGAUGAAUCAAUACCAGAAAAAUCAAAGUUAUAUGAUAUUGUUGAUAUUGGAAACUAUCAGAAAUAUUUAAAUAUUCAUUAUAAUGUUAAACCUCAAAUGACAAAUUAUUUACAAUCUUUACCAAUUUCAAAAGUAACACUGGACGCUGGGAGGACUAACACUGGCGGUGGUUUCGCGAACUCUGCCUGUGGGCCUACCGACUCUGGGCUGGCUAUUUUAACACUGGGGUGUGGUUCUAACCGAGUGCCUGGGUACGUUCUGGCUUGUAACUCAGCAUACAACUACUCAACUGGCCGAUGCCAAUGA